ACCAAUCAAUGGAGCCCGUGGGGUUGUGAGAUGCGCCAGGGAAAGGCCAGCGUCCUACAUAAAGAGUGCGGGACAGGGAGCCGGGCGGCACACACGGGGGCAACACACCUUUCUGCAGGCACACGACAAAGGCGCAGCGGCGAGUAGAAGAGUCAGGAGAAGAGUGGCACAGAGUGAGGAAGAGAGGGGGAAAGGACAAAGGAAAGAGAGGCAGGGAGUAACUGAGAAGAAAUGGUACGCUCAUGUGAACAAGGGAUCCCUGCCCGGGUCUGUGUGGGCACCCUGCUCCUCUUAAUCCACUUCCACUCUGCCACUGUUACAGGAGCUGCUCUGAAGCAGGAGGCAGCUUUGGACAACGGGGCCACUGUGCUGAAUCACUCCAUGAGUUUGGUGCAGCGUAUGGAGACCCUGCUUGCCAUGGGGAACAGCAGUGAUGUCACGCUCCGGGUGCAAACCGUCAACACGGACGAGGUGAAGGUGAUCCAGGCCCACAGCCUAGUUCUCACAAUGCAGAGUGACGUGUUUGAGGAAAUGCUGCUCCUCCGCAACAACAGUGCUGUGAUUUUGAAGGAGACGCCCGACUGUGCGGCUGUCUUUGACAAGUUUGUCAGAUAUCUGUAUUGCGGUGACAUCUCAGUGCGGCUGGAUCAGGCCAUUUCUCUGCACAAGCUGGCCAGCAAGUACCAUGUGUGGGGUUUGCAACAGGGACUGACCCAGUAUAUGACCCAACAUCUGUCUAGUGAAUCGCCCACAGGCCACGUGGUCGGCUGGUACAACUAUGCACUACAAAUUGGGGACAUGGCCCUGCGGGACAGCUGCCUGCAGUACCUGUCCUGGAACCUGUCUUCUGUGCUGCAGAGCGGAGAAUGGGGCUCCAUCAGUGAAGACCUGCUUCUCUCCUUGCUCCAGCGCUCUGACCUCAUUCUGCAGAGUGAGCUGGAGCUCUUUGAGGCCCUGGAGGCCUGGAUUAGCCUAAACCAGCCUGUCAGUGUGACGGUGGAAAGUGCCCUAAGGGCUGUUCGAUAUGGCAUGAUCCCCCCGCAGCACCUCUUUCGUCUUCAGAAGCAAUCCCCCCUCAUGCUGAAGUAUUACGAGUCUAUCCGUGAUCUACUCUAUCUAGCUUUCCAAUUUCACUCUGCCUCACCUAUCCAACUGGCCAAGUACUUUGAUGUCAACUGCAGUAUUUUCACUCCCCGUAACUACCUGUCGUCCUCCUGGGGUUCCCCUUGGGUCAUCAAUAACCCUACCCGUGAUGAUCGCAGCUUCAGCUUUCAAACCCAGCUUGGUCCAAGUGGUCACGACUCCAAUAAGAGAGUGACCUGGAAUGCAUUGUUCUCCCCUCGCUGGCUUCCACUCAGUGCCAGGUCAACCUAUACCGAGCUGGGUGCCAUGCAGCCUACACGCACAGAUGGGGGUCGACCUCGCAUCAUUGUAACACCAGCUACUUCUAGCCCAGACUUUGCUGGUGUUAGUUUCCAGAAGACAGUGAUUGUUAUGGCAAGACAGCAAGGAAAAGUGGUGGUUCGCCACGUCUACAACUUCCACCAAAGCACAGAGGAGGCCGGGGAUUUCCUGGUGGAUGCCGACCUGCAGCGCCGUUCAUCAGAGUACCUAAUUGACAGCUCCCUCUAUCUGCACAUUGUAAUAAAACCUCUCUACCAUACUCUCCUCAUUGCCAGGAAGUAAUAGCAAGAAUAUGGUGCUGCCUCACCAUCAGUCAUCCACCAUCCACCCACGCAAUCACAUGCACAUAUUCCAAAGUAAACUCAUAUCGCAGCACAUGUUAAUGCAUCAGAUCUGUGACUUCUCCUUUGUUGAACGGUUUGUGCAUUUUGUUGUCUUCCAGCUACUUAGCAAGGAAGAGUUUGGUCCCAUUUAAUUCAGCAGUGAUUAUAUCAUUCAGGGCUUUGGUUUUCAGUAUUCCAUUAAACCUAAGAAGAAAAAAAACAAAACAAAAAACACUUCACAGUACUGUAUUUGUUCAGGUAUUUUAUAGUCAGGCAGUUUGUUCCUUGAAUGUAUUAAAUCUAUGUGAUGGUUAAUGUUGUUUGCAUAGGAAUAAUAGAGGUUUUGCUUUAAAAUAAAAAUGCUCUUGCUGUUAAUUUAUGCAUUUCACUAUUCGAUAUAAAUUUAUAGUUCAUGGCACUUAUAUCCUGUGACAUACACUUAUAUACUUGUUUGUUGUUUACAUCCCAAAAUAUGUAAAUUAAAGUGCAAAAUCCAAUUAUCGGUGUUCCUUUGUAUACUGUAGGUUACUUACAAGACAAUAAUUAAAAAUUUUUUCUUAUUUAUUACACAUUUUAUCCAGCUUUUAAAAAAACACUAUGUGGUUUUCAUCUUGACACACACACACACACACACACAAAAAAUAAAUAAAAAACAAUAAUAAUAAUUUAAAAAAUCUCUCUGUUGUGGCCUGUAAUAAAUUUGCAAAAAUAAACGACAUUCAUACAUGA